AUGCGCCUCUCUCUCUCUCUCUCUGCUGUGUUUAUGGGAGGGGGAGUAGGGAGGGGGAGAUAGCGCAUGUCUCAUCUCUCAGUGCAGCCGCUAGACGCGCGCACCACCACCAAACUCUCCACCAUCUUUUGCAUGUGCAACAUUUGCAGCCGGACAGAAACCUCUCCCAGGGCUAUGGAGACUGCGGGAAAAAUCCGGCUCGGCAGGAUGGAUUGCUGAAAAACAAUUUUGAAAAAAAAAAUCAAAGAAAAAAGGAAGGAGGAGGGGAAAAAACCCUCUUAUUUUCCCCCCUCCCCAUUUCAUUUAUUUUGAUUCUUAAUUUUGUUUGUAGCCACCUCGUCCUCAAUGCCUCUCUGAGCAGCACCUAGCGAGAGAGAGAGAAGGAGAGACAGAGAGGCAAAAGAGAAGAUGAGGAUUAUUUGCAGACAGCUUGUCUUGUUGUUUUCUGGCUUUUGGGGACUAGCAAUGGGAGCUUUUCCUAGCAGUGUGCAAAUAGGUGGUCUCUUCAUCAGAAACACAGAUCAGGAAUAUACUGCUUUUCGAUUAGCAAUUUUUCUUCAUAACACCAGCCCCAAUGCCUCUGAAGCACCUUUUAAUUUGGUUCCUCAUGUAGACAACAUUGAAACAGCUAACAGCUUCGCUGUAACAAAUGCCUUUUGCUCCCAGUACUCUAGAGGAGUUUUUGCCAUUUUUGGACUGUAUGAUAAGAGAUCAGUACAUACUUUGACCUCAUUCUGCAGCGCCUUGCACAUCUCCCUCAUCACGCCAAGUUUCCCCACCGAGGGCGAGAGUCAGUUUGUGCUGCAGCUGCGACCAUCUUUACGUGGAGCACUCCUAAGUUUGCUGGAUCAUUAUGAAUGGAAUCGAUUUGUCUUCCUUUAUGACACAGACAGGGGUUACUCAAUACUUCAAGCUAUUAUGGAAAAAGCAGGACAGAAUAGCUGGCAAGUCAGUGCCAUAUGUGUGGAGAAUUUUAAUGAUGCCAGCUACAGGAGGCUUUUAGAAGACUUGGAUCGAAGACAAGAAAAGAAAUUUGUUAUAGACUGUGAAAUAGAGAGGCUUCAGAAUCUUUUAGAACAGAUUGUGAGUGUUGGAAAGCAUGUUAAAGGCUACCAUUACAUCGUUGCAAACCUGGGAUUCAAAGAUAUUUCUUUGGAGAGGUUUAUGCAUGGAGGAGCCAAUGUAACAGGAUUUCAGUUAGUAGACUUCAGUACUCCUAUGGUAACUAAACUCAUGCAACGGUGGAAGAAACUGGAUCAGAGAGAAUACCCAGGAUCUGAGAGCCCUCCAAAGUACACAUCUGCUCUGACCUAUGAUGGGGUACUUGUGAUGGCUGAAACGUUCCGUAACCUUAGAAGGCAGAAAAUUGAUAUUUCACGGAGAGGGAAUGCUGGUGAUUGUCUUGCUAAUCCUGCUGCACCAUGGGGCCAGGGGAUUGAUAUGGAGAGAACACUCAAACAGGUUCGAAUACAAGGGCUGACUGGAAACGUUCAAUUUGACCACUAUGGUCGCAGAGUCAACUAUACAAUGGAUGUAUUUGAGCUGAAGAACACCGGCCCUCGUAAGGUUGGUUACUGGAAUGACAUGGAUAAAUUAGUUUUGAUUCAGCAUGAACCUUCACUUGGAAAUGAAACAGCCAUUGAGAACAGAACAGUAGUUGUAACUACAAUUUUGGAAGCCCCAUAUGUUAUGUUCAAGAAAAACCAUGAUACGUUUGAAGGGAAUGACAAGUAUGAAGGAUACUGUGUAGAUCUGGCAUCAGAAAUUGCAAAACAUAUUGGUAUCAAGUACAAAAUUGCCAUUGUCCCUGAUGGAAAAUAUGGAGCAAGGGAUCCAGAAACAAAAAUCUGGAAUGGGAUGGUGGGAGAACUUGUUUAUGGGAAAGCAGAGAUUGCUGUUGCACCUCUGACCAUCACUUUGGUACGAGAAGAGGUCAUUGAUUUUUCGAAGCCUUUUAUGAGUUUGGGGAUCUCCAUUAUGAUCAAAAAGCCCCAGAAAUCUAAACCAGGAGUGUUUUCCUUCUUGGACCCUUUGGCAUAUGAGAUCUGGAUGUGCAUUGUCUUUGCCUACAUUGGUGUCAGUGUAGUCCUGUUCCUAGUUAGCAGGUUUAGCCCAUACGAGUGGCACACUGAAGAGCCAGAAGAUGGGAAAGAAGGACCCAGUGAUCAGCCUCCCAAUGAGUUUGGCAUAUUCAACAGCCUCUGGUUUUCCCUGGGUGCCUUUAUGCAACAAGGAUGUGAUAUUUCCCCAAGAUCCCUCUCAGGUCGCAUUGUUGGAGGUGUUUGGUGGUUCUUCACACUCAUCAUUAUUUCGUCAUACACUGCUAACCUCGCUGCUUUCUUGACUGUUGAGCGAAUGGUCUCGCCCAUAGAAAGUGCAGAAGACCUUGCCAAACAAACUGAAAUUGCAUAUGGAACACUGGACUCAGGGUCAACAAAAGAAUUCUUCAGAAGAUCAAAAAUAGCAGUGUACGAAAAGAUGUGGACCUACAUGAAAUCAGCAGAACCAUCAGUAUUCACUAGGACUACAGCUGAGGGAGUAGCCCGUGUUCGCAAAUCCAAGGGCAAGUUUGCCUUCCUCCUGGAGUCCACCAUGAACGAAUACAUUGAACAGCGAAAGCCGUGUGACACCAUGAAAGUGGGAGGAAAUCUGGAUUCGAAAGGCUAUGGCGUAGCCACACCCAAGGGUUCUCCAUUAAGAACUCCUGUAAACCUUGCCGUUUUGAAACUCAGUGAGGCAGGCGUCUUAGACAAGCUGAAAAACAAAUGGUGGUACGAUAAAGGUGAAUGUGGACCCAAGGACUCUGGAAGUAAGGACAAGACGAGUGCCUUGAGUCUCAGCAACGUUGCUGGAGUCUUCUACAUUCUGGUUGGAGGCUUGGGCUUGGCCAUGCUGGUGGCUUUGAUAGAGUUCUGUUACAAGUCCAGGGCAGAGGCAAAGCGAAUGAAGCGCUGGAGUGCAGGGCGCUGUACAGUAGGUGAAGUGUGCCAAACAAAUAACAGUUCCCUGUUCCGAGGAGCUUACAGUCUAAAGGCACAGCCGGUACAAUACAGAACAAUGCAAUACAGAACAAACACAGAAUGAACAGAGAAUGGUCUAUGGUCAUUAUAGCUGGAACGCUUCAAGGAAUAGCUGACCUUUUCUGAAGCCAUAAGAAAUAAAGCCAGAUUAUCCAUCACAGGGAGUGUAGGAGAAAACGGCCGUGUAUUAACUCCCGACUGCCCGAAGGCCGUACACACUGGAACUGCAAUUAGACAAAGUUCAGGAUUGGCUGUAAUUGCAUCGGACCUACCAUAAAAACCAAAAAAACAAAUGAGUGCCUUAAUUAACUGUGUUGGUGACUGAUGGGAACACAGCACAGACUAUAACGACAUGGGAGUGUCAUUGAUGAACUAAUAUUUGGGCUGAGAAUUGGGAAGUACGUCCAAAUGCGCAAGAUAUCAUCAGCAACAAAGUGUGCAUGAGCUCAGCUCGGAAACCCAAACUCAGAUUUUAUAUCAGGAAAAUUCAUAAUUUAGUUUUGUUGGUGGGAGGAGGGCUGGGAUGGGUAUAUUAACAGCAACAAAUUUCACUUGAGUGGACUUAAAACUAAUAAGACUUGCCAAUUAGCGCAUUAAACUGUGAAGAACAUGGUCAGAAAGGACAACGUUUUGCUCUUUAUCUUGGCAAAGUGGGGAAAAUAGCUAUAGAAAUCAAUGAACAUGAUAACCUGUGUCUCCAGAACAUCAAUAUAUACAAUGGAAGAAUAUCCAGCUGUGGAAAUGAAUCACUAAACUGUGAUAAGAAAAUAAUAAAUAUGUAAAUCCUGUGAAAAAAAAUAAAGGAAUUAUUUACAUUUUCUUUGAAAAAAAAGAGGAAUAUUGAAACAUGCUUGCUUUUUAACUGAUGUAAAUUCGGUAGAGGACAACACAAUUCUUUUUUCUAACCAUCUUAGGGAACAAUUCAUUGCAAUAAUUGAUAUAAAAUGCCAUCACUGUAACAAAAUUCAGAGACUUCUUUUUAUAAAAGUUAUUGGUCAUCCUCUUGUUUGCUGUUACCUUCAUACUGUUACAUCAUUCUGUGUUCCACAGAUUUGCAUCUGUCUAACUACAAGAAAAACAAAAAAAAUGUUUAGAGUACAUCGUCAGUCUGCAGUGUAGAAUCAAAAGAGACUACGGGUCACUCAUGUUACAAAUAUUAUUUAUAAUCUUGUUCUGUGUAAAAUACUGUGGUUUUUGUACCCACCAAAAAGAAUAAAACAACAA